AUGGAAUUUAUGACCAACAUACUCACUACUUGGACUAAACCUGAAGUGCAAGUUAUCCCCAAAGUGGAGAUGAUGGCCAGGCUGAUGUCUCUGACAGAAUUUGGUGAUUUUCUGGAAUCUUUUCCUCUCUCACAUGAUAUACCUGUGAUUCAUGGAGGUUUGCAUCUGGGAAGCAGAGCAGGUGGGAGGGCUGUGAAGGAUCCAAAAGGCCAGGCUGAGUACCACAGAUGGUACAAAGAGCACCCAGGGGUGCCAUUGGCAUGGAUGACUGCAAUGCCACAGCCAUUCACUGUUGUGGGCAUCUGCUCAGACUGUCAUACACUGAAUCUGUUUGCCUUUUGCAGAGAACUCUUUAUGAUUUCUCACCUUGGACAACUGUUCAAUGCUUUGCUUCUCAUGCAACAGCCAAAUGGAGAGUGCAUGAGGGUUGCUGCAGAGAACAAGAUUGUUGUCUCGGGCCUCAGGACCAAUGUCACCUCCAAGAACAUUCUGGCAGCAGUCUUGGAAAGCCUUUGA